AUGGCGUGCAGAGGUACCUUAUCAGUUAGGCAGUGGGCAGUUUCUUUGUGCAUUUUCGUGGCACUAGCGGGCGAGAGUCGUUUUUGCACCGGCGCCCAAGGAACUGUCUUCGACGCCGUUAUUGACGUUGAACACCCGAAACAUCUGUCGGUUUCAAUGCGCUAUGGGGACCAAAUGCGGUUCUUCUGCAAAGGGGCGACCGCGAUUAUUCCGCAAGCUUUCAAGAGUAAGUGCUGCAACGCUUACCGAGCAAUCUGUACGCCGGGGAACAUUGAGUCUGAGUAUAGUGGGAUGUUCCCCCUCGCAGACGAGGGGUUUUCAUUCUGGAGUGCAGGGGAUGGCGUAAACGCUGCAGCCAUGUUUACCCUACCUCCGCAAAAGAAUGGAAAUCGCUAUGAAACGCGGUUCAGCCUGGGCUGUGUAGGUGCACGGAACCAGGUGUCCGCCGUCGAUGUCACCAUCGCCGCGUCUGGGUACAAUCUGCGUGAACAUUUUGAAGAUGCCAUGAAAAAACCUGUUCAUGACGAGGAGGAGAAAAACCCCCAGACAGUGACAGAGUCCGGGGUUGGAGCGGACGUCCUCUCUCCUCUCGGUUUGUUAGUCUCGAUUCUCACCCUCGCAAGCGUGUCGCAAACACUUUGA